GGUACUUUUGGACUGACAAUAUACCAGACCCCAUCUGUUACUGUCAAAGAAGGGAAUACUGCAAUAAUGAACUGCACUUUGUCAGAAGAAUCUCUCGGACCUGUCCGAUGGUACAAGGGGGGCAAUCAGCAGCAGCAGCUCCUGUACUCACAGUCUGAAAGUGAGAAACCAGACCCACGAGUGAAUAGGACUGUAAAGGAAGGCCCUACAAGAGAAACUGAUCAGUCCAUCGCAUUUACACUUAUUCGCUUAGAAGAUGCUGGGGUGUAUUACUGUGUGAAGUUCAAAUCUGACAAGGUAACUGUGGCUGCAAAUGGAUCAGGAACACACCUUUAUGUAAACAGUACUACUGGACUGACAAUAUACCAGACCCCAUCGGUUACUGUCAGAGAGGGGGAUACUGCCAUAAUGAACUGCACUUUAUCAGAAGAAUCUCUCGGACCUGUCCGAUGGUACAAGGGGAGCAAUCAUCAGCAGCAACUCCUGUACUCACAGUCUGAAAGUGAGAAACCAGACCCACGAGUGAAUAAGACUGUAAAGGAAGGCCCUACAAGGGAGACUGAUCAUUCCAUCACAUUUACAUUUAUUCGCUUGGAAGAUGCUGGGGUGUAUUACUGUGUGAAGUUCAAAUCUGACAAGGUAACUGUGACUACAAAUGGAUCAGGAACACACCUUUAUGUGAACAGAAUACCAUCUCCUCCGUCAAUUUCUGGACCCACAAAGCAAAUCAUGCUUAAUGAAAAUGUGACAUUAAGCUGCACAUCAGAUGGAUUUUACCCUAAAGAAAUCAACAUUACAUGGUUACAGAAUGGGAAGGAGGUUCUAAAUUCCACAAAAGUUGUCUAUUUAAAUAUGGCAAACAAGGGAUAUCAUGUACAGAGUAACGUCAGUAUUCAAGCAAAAAUAGACUCACCUGUUAUCUGUCGAAUUACUCACACAGCAUUAGAACUACCUAUAACUUCAACAUUCCAAAUGAACAAUAUUACAAAAGGACCACCUCAUCCCUCAGUUUCUGGACCAAGAGAUAGAGUGCUGCUUAAUACAAAUGUGACAUUAACCUGUACAUCAUCAGGAUUUUAUCCUUCAAAUAUCAGUGUUACCUGGUGGAAGAAUGGCACUGAGCUUCCUAACCCUAAAAAAGCUAUACAUUUAUAUGGAGAAGACAAGACAUACCGAGUACAAAGUAACAUCACUGUUCUAGCAGAAAUAGAUUCAACUGUCACCUGCAAAAUUAAUCACACAGCAUUGGACAAACCUUUACAUUCAGCUUUCAACAUAAAUGACAUUGUAAAAGGGUUUCGUGCUCAACCUGAGUUAAGUUGGAUUGCAUAUUAUAUGUCUUGA